CUUUUCCUCAAACACAGAUUUUGGAAAAUGGAAAAACCAGUCAUUUACUCCGAUACUUUGGUGGUGAUUAUUUAACAGGAUUACCGACCCGUGAUAAUAUAGUUGCAGAAAAUGAUGAGGGUUUGUCUGCAAUUCUCAAUAAUGCUUUGACUAGACGAGAGGAUAUCCCUUUUAUGGCCGUCAAUUUUGAGGCACAACUUGCCUCAUUAGGAAAGAAAAAAGAAUGCCUUGGAAAAAUGAUAAGUUCAAUUAAAGAAAAAG